AUGCGGGUGCGGGUGCGGAGCUGGCACGGCGUCGCCUCCUGGCUGUGGGUGGCCAACGACGAGAACUGCGGGAUCUGCCGGAUGGCCUUCAACGGCUGCUGCCCCGACUGCAAGGUGCCCGGCGACGACUGCCCGCUGGUGUGGGGGCAGUGCUCGCACUGCUUCCACAUGCACUGCAUCCUCAAGUGGCUGAACUCGCAGCAGGUCCAGCAGCACUGCCCCAUGUGCCGCCAGGAGUGGAAGUUCAAGGAGUGACCGCCGGCCUCCGCCGUUACACCGGCCGGCGGCGAGGGGGG